AUGCCUAGAGACGACUUGUCCAUUGACUUCGUCAAGAGGAUGCCUCAAGCCGAACCCGUCGACCCCGGCUUGAUACUCGACGACUGGAUCAACCGUGUCCAGAACCUCCCCGAAGAGAUCCGUUUCAUGCAAGAAGAGGUUGCCGACAAGGACCGUCAAUACAGCGAGUGUAUACGUACAAUUGAGGACCGUGACGGAAAGAUACAGAAAUGGAUCAAGACGAAUGGGAGCCAUGAGCCAAACCCUAAGGAGGAUCUGCUUCGGGCGCAGGUUCGAGAGAACUUCGUGCGAGCCGACCAACUAUCACAAGAGAAGAUCGCCUUGUGCCAGAAGAUGCAGCUCAUAGUAGACAAACAUUUGCGAAACUUGGAUGUUCAAAUCAAGUUGCUUUACGACCGAGCAGAACCUGGCUUCACCGAUCCCGACGAAGUCCCUUCUUUACUCCGACCGAGCGCAGCAAACCACACAGCCCCUUCGAUCCGCGCUAUCAAUCCAGCGAGCCAUAUGACGACUGCCGCCGGCCCUUCUACCCCCCUUGCCGCUGCGCAAGCAUCGUCCAAUCCUACACUAGCUCGACUUCCGAAUCAUCCGAAUGUCCGUCAUGCUCAGGCCCUGCAACACGCCGCGUCCGCCCCAGCAACACCCGCAGCCAGCAUAAUUCUGAAUAGACAAAGAGAAGGUUCCGCAGGACCCAUAACGAAGCGUGCCCCUCGCGUAAACCCAGCUUUAGGAACAGUAUCAACUGCAUCAAGUGGCUUGGCAAGACAUUCUUCACUCGGACCGGGCACUCCUAAGGGCAGUACAGUCGGAGGGUCUGGUCUUGCUAGAGCGGGUAGCGCGGGCCCAAGAGCUGGCUCUGUCAAGUCGAUAGGACUGGGUAACAGUCGCCGCGGUACACCCACCGGCGGGACUCGGAAGAAGAUCCCACAUAAGUCGAAUUUGUCACGAGUGAAGAAGGCCUCGAAUAGGAACUCGCCUGCGGCAACGAACGAUAGUGAGCUUUCGGAUGUCGACAGUGGCAGUGGGGAAGACGAGGAAGGCGCUGAUGGUCGGUCAAGAGGUACGCCCGUAGCGGAUGGCAAGGAUGUUGACGGCGAUGAUAUUCUAGGAGAUGCUGAUGAUGAUGACGAAGAGGGUGGUGACGACAAGAAGUAUUGCCUUUGCCAUAACGUUAGCUACGGCGAUAUGGUGGCGUGCGACAACGAUAAUUGUCCUUACGAGUGGUUUCACUGGUCUUGUGUUGGACUCAAGAGCGAACCAAACGGGACUUGGUACUGUCCGGUUUGUGCUGAGAAGUUCCAGAAGAAGAGCAAGUAG